CCGUGCACUAGCAGCAGCUAGAAAAACAGCAAACGCCGCAACUAGGGAACAGGCUGCAGCAGCAGUCAAGGCAGCAACCAUGACUAGUUCAGCAACAUCCUCUGCUGCGUUGUCUGGGACCAAUGGGACCCAGUUCGGAAUGCCAACAGGGUCCACGGGUACUUCCAGUUCGUUAGGUUCUCGUUAGUCUACAAGUCAAAUGGCUGGCUCGCAGUUCAGCCCGUUAACUCCUCGCGAAAGGGAGCUCAGGGAGCUUCAGCAGGUCGAAAGGAUCCGUGAACAGUUAGAGACGGACCUGAAGAAAGCUACCGAUAGAGAAAAGGAAAUCAAAAAUAGAACAGCCAGGCUUGAUACGUUAGAGGCUGACAAAGCUGAGCUAGAGGGCUUGAAUGACUCUGGGAUGAAUGAACCCAUGAAAGUGUUGAGGAACAACAUGUUGUCGCUGCAUGCGCACGUGGACAACAGGUUGGACUUUAUACAGCGCACUCUAGACCAGAUCCUGGAUGCUUUGACAAGGCCAGGAUUUAGGCCACCAGCACAAUCGCCGUUGCCGUUAUCGGUGAUGUCAGGCCCCUUUCCAGUUCAAGCUGGUACACAACCAAGUGAUAAGUUUGUCAUAGUGUACCUUGACGAUAUUCUGAUCUUUGGCAAGUCUGCCGAGGAGCACGCACAACAUGUUGAGACUUUACUUUCACUUAUGCGACAGCACAAGUAUAAGGUCAACUUAGAAAAGUGUGAGUUUGGUCGCACUAAGAUACUAUACUUGGGUCAUGAAGUAUCUGCGGAGGGGAUUAGGCCGGAAGACGCGAAGGUGGCUAGUAUUCGAGACUGGCCACGACCUCAGACUCUCACUGAGGUCAUAUCUUUCUUAGGAAUGUGCGGCUACUAUAGGAUCUUCGUAAAAAACUAUUCUACAGUCGGCUCUCCUUUGACUGAUCUAACUCGACUUGACACGCCAUGGGACUGGAGUGAUGAGUGCGAGGGUGCUUUCAAGAGAUUGAAGCAUGCACUCAUGAAUCAUGAGGUUCUCAUGGUUCCCGAUCCUCAGAAGCCAUUCAUAGUGACCACUACCCAAUACGGCAUUGGAGCAGUACUGGCUCAACAAGAUGGGAAAAAGUUGAGACCGAUUGAGUAUAUGAGCAAGAAGAUGCCAUCAAAGAAGUUGGCAAAGUCCACCUAUGAAAGGGAACUAUUUGCUCUAUAUAAAGCACUUGUCCAUUGGAGACACUUCCUAUUGGGAAGGUUCUUCUACUUGAGAACUGAUCAUCAGACCCUCAAAUGGAUCAAGACUCAACCGGCUCUUUCUGAUGCACUCAAGCGAUGGAUUGAGGUCAUAGACCAGUAUGACUUCAAGCUUGAGUACCUGAAGGGAGAGUAUAAUAAGGUUGCUGAUGCGCUAUCACGUAGACCAGACUACCUAGGUGCGCUAGUUUCUGACUUUGGCAUAUCUGAUGAAGUAACUCAAUCGUUGGUGGGAACCUAUCAAGAAGACCCUGUCACGAUGGACAUCAUUCGCAAACUUCAGGCAAAAGACAAGGCCACGGAAAGCGAGUUUGUGAUGGUGGACGGGCUCCUCUAACUUGAUAAGGCCGGAAUAAAAAUAUUAGUAGUUC